AAAACAUCAAAGUAACCCGAAAAAGCAAAAAAUGUCACAAUCUCCUCAGUUACGCACUAAAUAGGUACUACAUUCGCAUUUUUGCUAGCUAUUCGGCAGGAUACAUUCGUUGCAGUAAUCUCAAGACAUUGAAUCAUCAGAAUGGCCUUCAUCAACCAUGUUUUCCGUCGCACUAUGAUCUCAGUGCCUGCCCGGUACAUUGGUAACGCAGCAACAACCGGAGCGUCCGCAUCAAGCCAUGGCAAUUCGAAAAAGUGGAAAAAUCUUUCCUUCUUCGUGGCCUUUCCUGCCGUUGGCCUGGCCUUGGCCAAUGUUUUUCUACAAUCCUCGGAGGAACGGGAGCGACCGGAAUUCGUACCGUACGAGCACAUGCGAAUCCGUACCAAGCGGUUCCCUUGGGGUGAGGGCCAACGUUCUCUAUUCCACAAUCCGCAUGUGAAUGCAUUGCCGACCGGUUACGAAGACUAGGACUCAAGGAGCAGAAGAGAAUGCCGAUCUGCAAUAAUUUUAUCAAAUCGAAUGUUUUUAAAUUAUGCUAAUAAAUAAAUUCGUUUCAUUCUA